CAUAUUAAUUUUUUAAUUAUAUAGUAUAAACUUAAUUGUUUAUUAUUUACACUUAAAAAUUAGAUUACAGACAUAUUUUGCCUUUUCAAAUAUACCCAAUUCUAGAUUUCUCUCCUCAAUUCUGCUUCCUGUGUUUUUCUUCUUUUGUUGACUUUUUACUGAUUUCCUUCUCAGUAUCAUUUUUGUAUGUAAAUCCAUUUUUUCCUCAAAUGCUCAUAUAAAUUGUAAAAAUAGCUUAAAGUAUUUCCUUCAAAGCAAACAAGUUAAAUGUUUACAGAUUGGCCAUGUCAUUUUAAGACCCAUUAAUUCAUUUUUCCCCUUUACUAACUUUGGUAACAAAAAGUUAAUGAGCGAAUGAUUAAGAGAUCCCAACAAUACCAUUAUUUCAUACUAAGCAUGUUGUUUCAUAGUUAAAAGUCUAGCAACUUAGAAUAUUGUUAUUCUUCCUCAUACACCAGCAUAACAAUCAUAGUUUGUUUCUUGUUAAUGCAUAGGAUAUAUUUGCUGCUGGUACGGAUACAACAUAUUCAACUCUAGAGUGGAUAAUGACAGAGCUUUUGAGACAUCCAAGAGCCAUGGAAACAUUACAGAAUGAAGCAUGAGGAUUAGCACAAGGGAAAGCAGAGAUAACAGAGGAUGACUUGGGUAAUAUGCACUAUCUUAAAGCAGUAAUCAAAGAGAGUCGCAGGCUUCAUCCACCAAUUCCAUUACUAGUUCCUCGAGAAUCAAUCGAAGACAUAAUAUUACUUGGCUAUAAAAUUCCUGCUAAAACAGGAGUCAUUAUCAAUUCUUGCUCAGUCGGAAGAGAUCUUUUGUCAUGGGAAAAAAAUCCAGAGGAGUACCGACCAGAGAGGUUCUUAGAUAAUAAUAUUGAUUUGAAAGGAUUAAACUUUGAGUUGAUCCCAUUUGGAGCAGGGAGAAGGGGCUGCCCGGGAAUUGUUUUUGCUAUUGUGGUAAUAGAGCUAGCAUUAGCAAGGAUUGUGCACAAGUUCAAUUUAGCAUUAUCCGAAGGUUUAAAACCGGAGGAAUUGAACAUGACGGGAGGCAGUGGCAUCACUAUUCGUAGGAUAUCACCUCCGCUAGCAGUGGCCACUCCAUGUUCUACUUCUUAACUUGUUAUUAUUAAAAGUUGGGAAAAAGGUCCCUCAACUUUGUCAUUUGGA